GUGAGAGAGGGAGCUAUCUGGGAGCCACUCAGCAUUCAGAUACUUUCCGGCUCCUCUCUGUUCGCCUUUACCGCGCCCCAAGGUUAGGCUUCUGAAUAAGGGCCGUCUCCGCAUCCCUAGUAGACGAGCGUUAUCUGUCUUACCCACGACACAGCUUCUUCGACAUAUGGAGAUUUAUAGCGGCGUUCAGCAGCCCUCUUUGGGAUCUCAUAUGGAUAUCUUCUUCCAGAUGACCCGAUUACACCAGCGCCAUGGUCCACCCGCUCCAUCUGAUAUCUGCGCAGCAUGCUAUAUAACGUCGUGCUGGCUAUUAGGCAACCUCAGUUCUCUUGACUGUCUCGACAAAUACCAUGGCUCCCAACCCACAGUGUGCUGCUCUCGCCGCCGCGAAGGAGAAGCAGGGUCUCUCCUACGCUGACAUUGCUGCGAAGAUCGGCAAGCCUGAACAGCACGUCAUCGACGUCUGCACUGGCAAGGUCACUCCUACCUCUGAGGAGUUCAACUCACUUGCUACUGCCCUUGAUAUCAAGGAGCGCCCCCCUCACGACGCCGCCCACGCUACCCAGUAAAUCUGAUCAUUGUUAUGAAGGGGUUCCUCAUCUGUAUCAUAGUGGUGUUCAGAAUCAUAUCGGGUCUGUAGCGCUUAAUGCGAGAGGCGUAGCUGUACAAUAUGAACCGUGAUCUCUCAGGCGUUCAACUUUAACGUUCACGUAUAGACAGGAUCAUCC